GAUUCUGUGAUUUUGUGCGUGCAUGGGUACGCGUAUGUUCUCCUUAUCGGUCUGCCAUUUUAUUUCUUGGAGUCUCAAAUAAAAUUGGGCUGUGUGUUUUGAAUAUUUGGAUUUGGAAUUUUCUUCAAAAAUGGAAGCUCACAGUAACUCUGAUACCACGAUCGUUAAGGCCGAAUCGUCAACAAAUGAUGGUUCUUCGCCUGCAGGAUCAGAGAGGCAAAACAAUUCUGGUCGCGAUCGUCAGGGUGGUAGCGGCGGCGAAAGAUUUGGACGCGGAGGAAGAUUUGGUGGACCCAGAGGCGGAAGUAGAGGAGGCGGAGGAGAUAGAGGAAAUUUUGAAAACAGGCGUGGCCGAGGUGGGUAUCAGGGAAGAGGCAUAAAGCAUGAGAACACUCAGGAUGGUCAAGAGGGUGAGGGUAUUCGAGAUGGAGACUACGGAAGAGGAGGUAGGGCUGAUAUGGGAGGUCGUGGACGUUUCGGUAUGAGAGGUCCUGAUGAUAAAUUAAUUGAACGAAUUCAGCAGCUGUCUGGUCCAACUUUCGAUUUACCUGUGAUUGAUAUGGCUGAGAAGAAAUUUAAUGGUAGAAAUCGGUUGUAUAUUGGGAAUAUUCCAUCUGAUGUAACGGAAGAUGAUAUUGUUGAACUCUUCAAACCUUACGGAGAAACCUCUGAACUAUUUCUGAACAAAGACAAAAACUUCGGUUUUGUAAAGUUGGACUACCACAGUAAUGCUGAAAAAGCUAAAAGAGAACUUGAUGGAUCAGUAUUGAAGAAUCGUAAUUUGAAAAUUAGGUUUGCACCAAAUUCCACCACAAUUAAAGUGAAGAAUCUCACACCUUUCGUCUCUAAUGAGCUUUUGCAUCAUGCAUUUUCUGUGUUCGGAGAGAUUGAAAAAGCAAUUGUCACUGUUGAUGAUAGAGGCAAACCUACUGGAGAAGCUAUUAUAGAUUUCUCACGUAAAGGUUCAGCUUUGCAUGCAAUCAGAAAAUGCUCCGAAGGCUGCUAUUUCCUAACUGGAUCCUUAAGACCAUGUGUUGUAGAAGCUCAUGAUGUCGUAGAUGAUAUUGACGGUUAUCCAGACAAGAACAUUCCUAAGAAGAAUAUAGAUUACCACAAAGAAAGAGAACAGGGUCCAAGAUUUGCGAAACCAGGUUCAUUUGAAAAUGAAUACGGUAUGAGAUGGAAGCAGUUGUAUGAUCUUUUUGCACAAAAACAAGAGAGCCUCAAAAAAGAACUGGAGUUGGAGAAAGAAAAAUUGGAGGCCCAAAUGGAAUAUGCUAAGUUUGAGCAUGAAACUGAGGUCUUGAGGGAACAACUCAGAGCACGUGAAAUGGACAAGGAUAGGCAAAAAAGAGAAUGGGAGAUGAAGCAACGACAAGUAGAAGAGGAGAGGCUUAGGACCGAAGUACACAUGAGACGCACACAGGAAGACAUGGCCUCACGUAUUCUACAACAGCAACAGGAGGAUAUGAGAAGACGUAAUCAGGAAACCAAUCUGUUUAUGCAAGCUCACAAUCUGAACUCAAUUCUAGACCAACAAGAACAAGCAUAUGAAGCUCCAACUGGUUAUAGCCAUAACAGCAAUGCGCCUACGGAAAUCAAAGAUGAGUUGGAUCAUGUGUAUGAGGGCUCUAUACCAUCAUUUACCACAGCUGAAUUCAAACGUGGCCGUAUGAUCUUGGGCGACGAUGCAUGUUCGGGACGUCUAAAAGCAACUACCGACGAUAACAUCGCCAAAGCUCACCAAAAUGUGCUAGACGACCGCCGAAUUAAAGGAGAACUGGUUCCAAAAAAAGCAAAAACUGUUUUUUCGGCUGGAAAAGUAAUGACCACCAUUACAGGAGCAUACUUCGCAUCAUUACUUGACAAGCCGAAGGCAGAAUUUGUGGAAAAAUGGCCACAUUCGCUGAAAAAGGAAAUCCUGUUUCACCAAGAUAACGCAUCGUCUCACACCUCAGAGGUUUCUUUGGCGAAAAUCCACGAAUUACGGUUGGAACUGCUUGGUCAUCCGCCUUUCUCACUAGAUCUAGCCCCAAGCGACUUCUUUCUGUUCACUCAUCUAAAAAUUGCGCUCGAAGAACAGAAAUUUUUGUCAAAUGACUAG